AUGGGCAAAAUGGUCCAACUUGCCUUCGAAACCCCCUUCCUCAUGCACGCCAUAAUAGCAGCAGCAACAACCCACCUCUGCACCCUCCUCCCCGAAAACAAAGCCUACCGCCUCGCAGAAGCCUAUCACUGGCAACAAACAAUAAACCAAUACUCAACCGAAGUGUCAACAAAAAUCACCCGCUCAAACAUGGACAAACUCUACUCCGCCUGUCUAAUGAUCAGCAUGCACUCCUUCAUACAAGAAAACUUCAACCCACGUCUCUCCUUCGUCUUCACAACAGACCCAACAGCGCUAACCUGGCUCCGACUCCAAACCGGCCUACGCUACCUCCUCGAACACACGACGCCCUGGCUCCCGCAGAGCAUGUGGUGGACUGUCUUCAUGGAAACCCGGGAUCCAUCCCUGGACUUUGAAGAUAGGUGUCCUGGUCGUGUAGAUCUUGAUCCGGAGUUGGCAGAUCUUUGUGGGAUUUCAGAUGACACGACUGUUGAGGAGAACCCGUAUUUGUGGCCUUUGAGGAUGCUUAUGGGGUUGUUGCCGUUUGAGAGGGGGACGGGGAGUUUGGGGGUUUAUAAUACCUGGAUGGGCAGGUUGGAGAACCCGUUUUAUGAGUGUUUGCUAAGGAAGGAGCCGCCGGCGUUGGUUUUGUUGGCUUGGUGGUUGGGGCUUAUGUGUUAUGUUGAGGAGUGGUGGGUUGAGAUGAGGGUUCGUUCGGAGUUUGUUGGAGUUUCCGGCGUCGUGUUGUGGGUAUUUGCUUAG